CCCUGCACCCGCGAUCGGCCCUUUCGAGGCCAGGCCGGGGCCCCGCACCCCGGCUGCAGGUGACAGGUGUGUGGCGGGGCCAGUCUCCAGGUGUACGUUUCCUGGCCGGGUUCAUCCGCGCGCCCGGCCUGUGCCGAGGUCCCCCCGCCAGCGUUGCUUGUGGCGCCCCCUCCCCCCUGCGAGGGUCCCACCUUUGCCACCCUGCUGGGUCCUCUGACAGGGUGGAAUCUCUUUUCCUCCUGUUGUUCUAGUCACAGGUCGUGGAUGGAAGGAGGGUGUCUGCCCCCUAGGCCAGCCCUGGCCCCAGGCCCCCCAACUCUGAGUUCUCCGCCCAAGCCGGAGAGAUUGCAAAGUGGGUUCUUGGUAGGCACCAACAUCCCAGGCUGGUGGAAUCAUCAUGGCGUUGGGAUGACUGAUGCUGGCAUGUCUCCUUUGGAAGUUUUGGUGUGAAGACUUCAGAGAAGUUUGUUUAGGCCCGUGUAGACCCGAACCUCCCCCUGGGCCCAGGAUAUGGGCACCCCCUUGGUAAUGAGCAGUGAUUGUCCUUACCAGAGACCUCAGUCUCUGGACCCCCUCUAGGCCCUGCAGUCCCUCCCCGCUUCCUCUGAUGUAAGUUCGUUAGGAACUGCCAGAGGAGGGGCUGCCUGCCCACACGACACCCCCCCCCCCCCCUUCCUGUGACCUUAGGUGUCCCUGUAGGAGGAUCCUGUAGGGCUGAGCUCAAGAGUCCCUCCCCAGAGCUCUCAGGGUCUGGAGUCCCCCAGCAGAACAGGCCCAGGAUGUCCAGCCUCAGGCAGCAGGGUAAUCCCUGUGGCUGAUGGCCUGGCAGUUUCUGGAGUGGCACUGGUGGACCUGUAGGUGGGGGACAGAUAGGCUUUUGAGGGUGGAGGUGGAGAGGAGGUCAGCCAGGUAGAGGGUGGCUGAGGGAUUCCUGCUGGAGACAAGGCUGAGAAGAAAGUCAGGUUGAAUGGUUCAGCUGGCAUGGGGACUAGAAACAGGUGCUCCUGGGAUCCUCAGUCCUUGAUCUGCCCCCCCCCCCCCCCCCCCCCCCCCCCGCCCAGGGGAAUUUAUUCAGUUGAGUAGGCUAGGGGCCUGCAGUGCCCAUCUUGGCCAUCUUCCAUCUGUGUCCUGGAGAGAAGGGUCCAGGGGUGCAUGUCCAGGUAGGGUGGCAUUGCCUUCGGUCUGAGUGGGGCUGUGGAGUAAGGUGUCCCAAGGUGCUGGGCCAGAGCGGCUUGUGAGCUAGCAGCCAUAUUAGCGUCAUAAUUGGCCCCUGGGAGGGAUGCUGUCGGUCUCUUUCUUCCUGAACGCUCCACCUCUUCAGGGGCUGCCCGAAGCUCAGUACCAGGUAUGAUUCAUGGCACGUUUUAGGACUGUGUGUCUGGGGACAAAGGAAGUCUAUGAGAGCUGAUGAGGGUUUCGGGACAGUUAGGUGCUUCCAAGAUGAUUGUGUCUCCUGGAUAAUCUGGGGAGACCUCAGCUGGGCAGCCCCUCCCCUAAACCAGAAGCCUCCAUCACCUACCAUACAUACACAGGUGGGCAGGCUCUCCUCCCCUGAGCCGGAGAGGGGCCUAUCUGGGGGCAGGGUUUAAGAGUAGUCCAUUCAAGUCCUGAGUCGGUCCUGGUGAGCCUCACAGGUUUGUCUACUUGCUCUGCAGAAAUGACCGAUCCCUUCUGUGUUGGAGGAGGCCGCCGGCUCCCAGGAUCCACCAAGAGUGGACCUGGGAAGGAUGGAGGCCGGAACGAAGUCCGACUUCCUGUGCUGCAUGACCCUCCAAAAUUGGCUCUCCCUGAUGAACCAGUGGAAAGAUGAAUUCAAGGCGCACUCAAGGGUGAAGUGUCCAAACUCAGGGUGCUGGCUGGAGUUCCCCAGCAUCUACGGGCUCAAGUACCAUUACCAGCGGUGCCAAGGGGGUGCCAUCUCAGAGAGGCUGACCUUUCCCUGCCCCUUCUGUGAGGCUGCGUUCACUUCCAAGACCCAGCUGGAGAAGCACCGGAUUUGGAACCACAUGGACCGACCCCUGCCUGCCCCUAAGCCUGGGCCGGUCAGCCGGCCGGUCACUAUCAGCCGGCCCGUUGGGGUCAGCAAGCCCAUUGGAGUGAGCAAACCUGUCACUGUUGGCAAACCCGUGGGUGUCAGCAAACCCAUCGGCAUCAGCAAGCCAGUGACGGUCAGCAGGCCUGUGCCGGUCACCAAGCCAGUGACAGUCAGCAGACCUGUGCCGGUCACCAAGGCUAUCACGGUCAGCAGGCCUGUGCCAGUCACCAAACCCAUACCGGUCACCAAGUCCGUGCCGGUCACCAAACCCGUGCCGGUCACCAAGGCAGCGAGUCUCAACAAGCCAGUGCCAGUCACCAAGUCCGUGCCGGUGACCAAACCAGUGACCAUCAACAAACCGGUGCCGAUGACAAAACUUGUGACAGUUACGAAACCCAUGCCAGUCACGAAGCCGGUGACGGUCAGCAGGCCCAUUGUGGUCAGUAAGCCAGUGACGGUCAGCAGGCCCAUUGCCAUCAGCAGACACACACCACCUUGCAAAAUGGUGCUGCUGACCAAGUCCGAGAACAAAACUCCUCGAGCCACAGGGAGGAGCAGUGGUAAGAAAAGGGCUGCGGACAGCCUGGAUGCAUGCCCCAUCCUGCCAAAGCAGGCGAGGCCGGAGAAUGGGGAGUAUGGCCCAUCCACCACGGGCCACACCUCGGCCUUCCAGCUGAGCACAGACCCCGGCAGCAGCCCCCUUUCUCUGGGCAGCAGGCCCUUGGGGAGCAAGGAGGCACCGAGGGCCACAGGCCCUGUGUCCCCACCUGAGGAGGGAGCGGAGCGCACAAAGCACAGAAGGAAACAGAAGACACCCAAGAAGUUUACAGGGGAGCAGCCGUCCAUCUCAGGGACCUUCGGACUCAAAGGCCUGGCCAAGGCAGAGGACAAAUCCCGCCUGCACCGUGCCAAGAAGCAGGAGGGGCCGGGCCCCGAGGAUGUGCGCAAGAAGGUGCUGGCUCCUGCUAGCACGGUCAGCAAGGACGUGCCGGCCCCCACGGCCCACCCAGCUCCAGGUGGCCCUGAGGAGCAGUGGCAGCGGGCCAUCCAUGAACGGGGGGAGGCUGUCUGCCCCACCUGCAACGUGGUCACCCGAAAGACCCUCGUGGGGCUUAAGAAGCACAUGGAGGUGUGUCAAAAGCUGCAGGAUGCUCUCAAGUGCCAGCACUGCCGGAAACAGUUCAAGUCCAAGGCCGGCCUCAACUACCACACCAUGGCAGAGCACAGCGCCAAGCCCUCUGACGCCGAGGCCUCGGAGGGGAGUGAGCAGGAGGAGCGGGAGCGGCUGCGCAAGGUGCUGAAGCAGAUGGGGAGGCUGCGGUGCCCCCAGGAGGGCUGCGGGGCCGCCUUCUCCAGCCUCAUGGGCUACCAGUACCACCAGCGACGCUGCGGAAAGCCUCCCUGUGAAGUGGACAGCCCUUCCUUUCCCUGCACCCACUGUGGAAAGACCUACCGCUCCAAGGCCGGACACGAUUACCACAUGCGCUCGGAGCACACGGCCCCACCGCCUGAGGAACCUGAGGACAAGCCCCCCGAAACUGAGGACCUCUUGGGUGUGGAGCGGACCCCCAGCGGCCGCAUCCGCCGCACGUCAGCCCAGGUUGCCGUGUUCCACCUGCAAGAGAUUGCAGAGGACGAACUGGCUCGAGACUGGACCAAGCGGCGGGUGAAGGAUGACUUAGUACCUGAGACUGCCCGGCUCAACUAUACUCGGCCAGGCCUCCCCACACUUAACCCCCAGUUGUUGGAGGCGUGGAAGAAUGAAGUCAAGGAGAAAGGCCACGUCAACUGCCCCAAUGACUGCUGUGAAGCCAUCUACUCCAGUGUGUCCGGCCUUAAGGCCCAUCUCGCCAGCUGCAGCAAGGGAGACCACCUGGUGGGAAAGUACUGCUGUCUGCUGUGUCCAAAGGAGUUCAGCUCUGAGAGUGGCGUCAAGUAUCACAUCCUCAAGACCCAUGCAGAGAACUGGUUCCGUACUUCGGCUGACCCACUUCCCAAACACAGGAGCCAGGACUCACUGGCACCCAAGAAGGAAGAGAAGAAGAGUCUGGCAGGUGGGAAGAAGCGAGGCCGAAAGCCCAAGGAGCGGACCCCUGAGGAGCCCGCACCCAAGAUGCCCCCACGUCGAGACGACUGGCCCCCAGGAGGCAGAGACAAAGGGGCCCGGGGCUCCACUGGCCGGAAGGUGGGAGCCAGCAAAGCUCCUGAGAAGUGAGCAGAGUGGCUGGCAGGUGGGUGGGGCCUGGUCCCCACACUGGACACCAAGCCCACUCUGUUCAGGGUGGGGGUAGCUAGCUCCAGGACCUCCUGCCCUCCGGUUCUCCACCCCCCACCCCUGCCUACUCAUCUGUCCAGCGGAGGCAGCCAGUCCCUCUCUCCUUCCUGACGGCCCUUCCCGUGUGCAGGCUGCACAGGGCACACCUGGGCUGGUUCUCUGGGGGGAGGCCCGUGGCAGCAACGGAAGUGCAAUAGCUUGGAGGGACAUUUAUGGGCCUGGUGGAGUCUGGGGCCCUGGAUGGGCAGGAAGAGGGUCUGUGGCUUAGGCCUCAGCGCCACGGGGUAGAGCAAGGCAGGCAGAUGGCCUUCACCAUGCAAGCUCCCGGCCCCGUCUGCCUUCUCAGGCCCAAGGCUUGGGGGUCCUCGGUGACCCAUGGUUCUGGGCUGAUGAGGGCACCUGAGCAGCCUCACCUUUCUACCCAACACUGGACCCCAGCACCCCCAGCUACCUCCCAGGACAGACCCUGAGUCUGACUGCUACCAUGCUGACCAGACAGCCGCCCUACCGUGGCCUCCCUCGUCCUUCCGCAUUUGGCUCCUCUGCUUCUGUUCUCUACCUCUCCAGGCCCACCCUCCCCUGCCUGUGUGACCCCUGCUGUGCUCGGGCCCCUGCCCCACUGGCCCCUGUCCGUCACAGUGGGUGGAGGUGGCCCUGUUCGUGGGCUCUCCUGCCAUCCUGUCUUCAUGGGUGCUCCCUGCCUGGGGCAGGGGGAGGGUUCUGCUCUCACCUGCAGGGCUGCCGGAGUUGGGGGGGGGGGGGCGGUGAAGGGGUCACAUGGAGCAUAGCUUUGCCUCCAAUCUCCAGCUUUGCUAAGACCACUGCUCUAGGUUGGGGCAGCCCAGUGGGUCAGGGAUGGGCCAGUCUGGUCUGGGGCCCACAGGCAUGUGGGGCAUGGAACUGGGGCCCAGCUCUGAGGAGUAAUCCCUGUGGGAAUCAGCCUUCUGUCUGCUGGUCUGGGUUGGCCUGUGGCUAAGCUCCCAUGGGAGCCUCCUUCCCCCCCCCCCCCCCCCUUUUUUUUUUACCUGCCCUUUUGUUUCUGGUUGUGUGGUCUUUCGAUAUGAGAGCUGAGGCCAGGAGGGGGCUUGGCCAAGGUCACGUUGUGUUGGUGGCAGCUCUGUGCUGGCCCUUUUGGGGGCUCAGAGCGUGGCUAGGUCUGCAGGUUGACCAGGGUUCAGGCUGGAGUCCAGGGCACCCACAGGAGGUGGCCAAACCGCCUCUGGCCUCCUCCCUGGGCCCCACUUUCCAGCUUCGGCAGUGUAGAGAGGAGGAAGGUACUCAGAGCCACUGGGUUUGGACAGAGGUUAUUUCCCACUGGGGGGUAGAGGGUGGGCUGAGGGCUCGGCCUUGCCGAUCCUGGACGAUGUGAAUUUUGAUAUUUGCCCGUGUGCGUGUAUCUCCUGGGUGUAGUGGAUGCCAGUCUUGUUGCUGUGACAAGUAACAACCUUUUUUUUAUUCUGUUUUUUAUACAAAAACAACAAUCCGACAUUUUGGUGCUAAGGGUUUCCUGGUGCCGACGGUGGAUCUAGGGGCUGAGGGGGUGUCUUUCCCCUGCUCAGGGAGGCGGUGCUGACCGGGCACCUCUCUGCCCCUCAGCUCCCGUCCUCAUCUAGUCACAGGAGAGGAGGGGCCCUAAGCCAGGCUUGGCUCUCCUGGCCCUGCAGUAGGGAGACAGAUUCCAGGGGGGUUUGGGGGCUGGUCAUGCUGCCCGUCUCCAGUUUCCUUCCUUUGGCCAAAAGGCUCUUGGGCAACCCCGGCCUGUGUGCUAGGGAGGGGGUGUAGAGACCUGGACUACUCCCACUCACACACACCUUGAUUUGAUCGAAGACUGGAGGCAUGGACGGAUGGAUGUGAUCCAGUGUCAAACACGAAGGGAGGGCAGCGUGGGCAGAAAGACUUUUCUGUGUUCCUGGGUGUCACUAUGGUAAUACAGCUGGUGGAGGCAGAGGUGGGGUCAGGCAGCCACUGUGGGGGGGGGGGGGGGGCAGCCUUGGGCAGGGAGGGGAUGCAGGUGCUGGCAGGAGCCCCAGGUGCAUUUGUCUUUGUCACCAAUGGCUGGAGGAGGUUGGACCUCAACACCUCUGCUGGGGACGGCCGCCCGCCCCAGCCUCUCAGGUACUUGGCCCUUGGGGAACGGGGGGCUGGUUUUUUGCUGGGGGGUGAGUUUCCAGGUCACCCCCUGAAGUCCACAGUUGGUCCCUGGUUUGGGAACCCUGCCUAGAUGUGUGGGAAGAGGUGGGGUCCUGGAUAACUUGAUGUUUAGCACUUUAACCCCCUUCUUUGUCUUUAAAGUGGGUGUGGGGGGCUGCUGCCAAAAGUGACUAUUGGGUCGGACCCCUCUCUCCCUUCUUCCCUUCCUGCUUCCCAUGUUCUGGUGAGUGGCAGUGGCGAGCUGGUGGGCAGAGCCCUCCUCCAAAGUGGGCAGAAACCUGGGCGGCUCAGCGGGAUCCGCCCACCUCCCACUCUGGUGGGAAUCCGGCCAGGUAACCGCCUGGCCUUGAUUGACACCUUCAGUGAGAGGGACUGGAGUGGCAGACCCCCAGGGCAUGGUGGGCGUGAACCCUGCCCAAGACCCAAGCCCAGGGCACAAUGCCAGGUCCCUCUCUGAAGAUCUACCUCUGGCCCAGCCCACCCACCCUUGCCCUGAGAACAGGAACGGCCCGACUGAAGGGGCUGACACUUCACACAAAAAUAGGAUGCACUUUAUUUGCUUGUGCAAAGGCAGUUGAGGGUGUAUCCUGGUGUGAGGUGAUCAGUGGCCCUCCCAGCGGUAGCCCCUUCCUGUCCCUCUGGUUCAGAAGGGAGAGAAUGGGUGCACCCUGACCCACGGGGGGCAGGGCUGUCCCGGUGUGUCCAGUUCGAUGGGCCCCAGGUGGCUUACCCUGGAGGCCUGGGGGUCGCGGGCGGGGGCGGGGGGGGGGGGGGGGGGAGGGCGCCGGCCAGUACCUCUGGCCUGGCAGCCACACAGCCUGUGCUUUGGAUUUCUUGGUUUGGGUUUUUUAAUGCCGGUUCUCCGUACAUAAGUGCAUUUCGGAAGAGAGGUUCCAGCUAUCACUUGUAACCGUAUAUAUACAUAUAUAUUCUAUCUACAAAGUGUUUAUUUGCAAGAUGUUUUGACGGUGAGCUCGGGCCCUGCCCGCCUUGUGACCAUCUGUCCCCGGUCCUCGUCCCCGCCUCCCGGCCCCAUGUGGCGCGGGGGUGGGCCAUCAACUGUAUGUAUUAAAUAUGACUGUAUCAAAUAAAUGUUUAUUGAUUUUUUUCCA